AUGCUAUCUGUGGCAUUUUUAAAAGACAUUCUUGGAUAUUUAAAUGUACUUAAUACUGAGUUACAAGGGCAAAAAAAGUUAAUUUGUGAUCUGAUAUCAAGUGUAUCUGCUUUAAGACAAAAACUUGAAAUCUUUGAAGAAGAUAUAAAAAAUCAAGAUUUUAUUCAUUUUCCAACAAUCCUAGAAUAUAAAAAGACUUCCGAUAUAAACUGCAGUAUGUUUUUAAGUUUUUUGUCGGACCUUGGUGAAGAAUUUGGUAAAAGAUUCAAAGACUGUGCAGAAAUUGGAAAUCUGUCUCAAUUUCAAAUUUAG